AGAUCCUCCCCCCACAUCUCCCCCGGGAAUUCAUGGGGGGGAGUCGCAUGCAUGCAGCCCAGCUGCAACAUUGGGGGCCGAACAGCUGCAGCGCUUCCAUUGCAUGAUCCUCUUUGAAGCGCCCUCUCCCCAGGAGUGGGGGUGGGAAGAGACGCCCUGGGGCAGAGGAGACCCCCGGGUGUCGGGGCUAGGAAAGGCGGCCUACCUCGCUGGGCUGCUGUGUGAGGACAAAAGGGGAGCAGAAGCAGGUGUCCCCCUCCCCCGACGCCUUGGACAAGAAAGCAGAUCCCCCAAAAGAGAGUAAGCAAGCGAAUAAGGUCUGGUGACCUUUGAGGAGGAAAAGGAGGCAGUAGCUGUGCAUUUCACGGAGGAGGAGUGGGUCUCCUGGAUCCGGGCCAAAGUGUUCCGCGCAGGGAAGCCAUGGAGGAGAAUUAUGAGAUUGGAGCCUCUUUCAAAUUAGACCUCAAUUCCUGUUUGGAAGAUGGAGAGGAUCUUCUUAUGCAGGUUCCCAAAGAGGAGGAGACCUCAGCAGAACGAGACCUCGCUUCCUGUAAGGAAGAAGGAGAAAGUCUGUUUAUCCAGGUCGUCAAAGAAGAGGAGGAGACCUCAGCAGAGCUAGGCCUCAUUUCCUGUUGGGAAGGAGGAGGAGAAGAAGAUCCACUUAUCCAGAGUCUCAAAGAAGAGGAGGCAGAGACAUCAGCAGAACCAGACCUCAUUUCCUGUUGGGAAGAAGGAGAAGAUCCGGUGAUGCAGGAACCCAAAGAAGAGGAGGAGACCUCAGCAGGAGGUGAUGGAGAGGACAAUGAGCCAUUGGAAGGAAUCAAGCCUGACACAGGAGAAGAGCCCUUUGGAAGUCAACAAGGACCCAAAGGGCCCGAGGGAAACCACAAAAAGAAUUCAAGGAAGACGUCCUUGACUUUUCAGAGUGCUGACGUCCACAAGCUUUGGAUCCCACAAGAAGAUCGCAAAGGAAAGAGAAGGAAAAAGUGUCCACUGUGUGGGAAGAUAUUCAAGUUUAAAUCAGAGUUAAAUAAACAUUUCAGAACCCACACAGGGGAGAAACCAUAUAUAUGUAUGGAGUGUGGAAAAGGCUUUAGCAAUAGCGGAAAUCUUAAAAAACAUAAACUCCUGCACACAGGAGAGAAGCCAUAUAAAUGUACUGAAUGUGGAAAGAGCUUUACUCAGAGUGGUAGCCUUACGAUACAUAAUAGGACCCACACAGGGGAGAAACCUUAUCAGUGCUCAGAAUGUGGAAAGUGCUUCAGAGUGAGUUCAAAGCUUACUUCACACUACAGAACUCAUACAGGGGAGCUGUAUAAAUGUACAGACUGUGGAAAGAGCUUCAGCAGUAAAGGAAACCUUUGCAAGCAUCAAAGAAUCCACACAGGGGAGAAGCCAUAUGAAUGCAUGGUGUGCGGAAAGAACUUCAGCAAUAAAGGGAACCUUUGUAAACAUGAAAGAAUCCACACAGGGGAGAAGCCAUAUGAAUGUAUGGAAUGUGGGAAGAACUUCAGUGACAGUACAAGCCUUACUUUCCAUAAAAGACUUCACUCGGGGGAGAAACCAUUUAAGUGCAUAGAGUGUGGAAAGAGCUUCAGAAUGAGCUCAGGCCUUACUUCCCAUCAAAGAAUCCACACGGGAGAGAAACCAUAUGCAUGUAUGGAAUGUGGAAAGAGCUUCCGUGAGAGACCAAGUCUUGCUUACCAUCAAAGAACCCACACAGGAGAGAAACCAUAUCAAUGCAUGGAGUGUGGAAAGAACUUCACUGAGAGAUCAAGCUUAUCUUUACAUCAAAGAAUCCAUACAGGGGAGAAACCCUAUCAAUGCAUGAACUGUGGAAAGAGCUUCAGGACUAAAGGAAACCUUUGUCAGCAUCAAAAAACCCACACAGUGGAGAAGUCCUAUAAAUGUAGGAGAUGUGGAGAGAGCUUCAGUGACAGUGCAAGCCUUACUUUCCAUAAAAGAAUUCACGCAGGGGAGAAACCAUUUAUGUGCAUAGUUUGUGGAAAGAGCUUCAAGGGGCACUCAAGCCUUAUUUCCCAUCGAAGAAUUCAUACAGGAGAGAAACCCUAUAAAUGCACGGAAUGUGGAAAGAGCUUCCGUUUGGUCGAAGUUCUUACUGCUCAUAAAAGGACCCACACCGGAGAGAAGCCCUAUAAAUGCAUGGAGUGUGGAGAGAACUUCAGGAAUAGAGGAAGCCUUUAUAAACAUGAAGGUGUUCAUGCGGGGGACAACCCACACCAGUCACCAUUCCCCAAUGCAGCUCCUGAGAAUGCCGUGGCCCCUGCAGGAUCUUUCCAUUGCCCCCCCACAAGACUUUCCGUCUCCCUCUCUCCUUCCCCACCGCUGUGCACUGUUUUCAUUGUUAUUUCACCUUAAGUAUUUUAGGAGGUUGGAAGCAUGGUGGCAGCUCAGCCGUCAAGGCUGGGAGCCAGAAGGCGAGGAUCCAAGGGUGCCCCUCUGCAGAGAAGUGUCCCUGGGCUCUGCAGUUCACUCUAUGGGGAAGGAAAAGCUCUCGCGUAACAGUCUCGCCGGCUGCAAUCUGUUUCUGUUAUCAUUACCUUUUCGAUCUAUUAACUGCCCUUCAAGAGAAGGUGCUGGGGGGAGGGAGGGUUACAGCAAUUUAACAUAGAAUAUUAAAAACCAUUAGGGUGGCUCCUAAAAUUCAUAUAUCUUGGGUGUUAGUUCCUUCUGCUAAGGGCCGUUGGGCUCUGCUCUCCCCAAAGAAAGAGAAUGUGAUUAAGACGUCCAGCAUCGAAUCCAAUGGCUUUUAUUUCCAUUGCCAUGUGGAUUCACCAAUGAAUGAAUGAAAAGAGGAUUCAACAGAUUCAUGGAAGAAAAGGCUGCUAUAUUCUGCUUCUACUGUAGGAGGAGUUAUGCCUCUGAAUACCAAUUGCUCGGAAUCGCAAGCGCAGAGAGUGCUGUUUGGCGUGAUUCAGCCUAGCUCCUUCUCUCAGCUGCCCUGCUACCAAAGGGCUUUAGGGUUGGUGCCGUAGAGUGCUCUGGGGGGGGGGGGGCAGAAGGUAGAUCUGGAUCUACUGGUCGAGCUUUGGGUGAUUUGCAGGAUUUCUGACACUCAAUUAUUUAACAACAACAGCAGCAACAUGACUCCCUUCCUUCCCCUUCCCAAAACAUUCUGUUGCUGAAAUGAAGAAAGCUUGGGGGAACAAGGGUGGAUUUUUUUUUUGUAUGGAAGGCCAGAGAGCUCUGCCCUGGAACUCAAAGCGAGUCCCUGGGCUCUGAAUUCUUUCCAGCACCCGCAUCUUUUGCAUCAUUUGGAAACAAAAGAUUUGUUUGAUGCCUGUGCACCUCUGCUCAAGAGCUGGUUGCAUUUGCCUCCCAGUACGAGGAUGAAUAUAAAAAAGCACAAAGGAGGGGCUGAGCAGCUCUGGCAAGGCAAAAACUGGACAGCAUUGUUGCUGUGCCUUCCUCCAAGUUCCUUCCUCCCAUUGACAAAGCACUGGUCCAUCCCCCUUGCUGUGGUAGCGCCUUUCUGGGGUUUCAGGGAGAAUUCCUUCCUAGCUGCACCUGGAGAUGCUGGCAUUUGAACCCGAGACCUGCAUACAAGGUGCUUUGCCACUUAGUUGUUUUCCUUCUCCAGUAACUUUGAGGGGUCUGGAAUUGUGAGCUCACUCUAGAACAGUGGGGCAUUCCAGGGACACUGGAUUUUGAUGGCCUUUUCAGUGGUGGCUCUCCAUUUGAGGAACGCCCUUCCUGGGGAGGUGCAUCUGCCUCCCUCAUGAUUGGGUUUCAGGAGGAAGUUAGAAGCGGUCCUGUUUCCCCAGGCAUUUGAUGGCUGAAAGACACUUCCUAGCAACCCCAAGAUCACUGCUUUUUAGAAUGGUAUAGCACAGUGGGGAGGAGAGCCUGGCUGGGAGUCCAGAGUCUGUGAGUUCAAAUCCCCGCUCGUAUCUCCUGGGUGUCAAGGGCCAGCUAAAGAUCACCCCACAGGGAGUGGCUCAGGGGUUACAUGCCCUGCCACCUGUUGGCAAGCUGUACAGUCCCAAGGAGACCCCCAGCUGGCAGUUGCAGACAAGGAAGGGGCUGGCUGGGGCAAGCUGAGCAAGCCCUAGCCAGCUGGGGAGGACUAGCAUCAGAGGAAGGCAAUGGUAAACCCCCUCUGAAUAGCUCUUACCAUGAAAGCCUUAUUCAGAGGGUCGCCAUAAAUCGGGAUCGACUAGAAGGCAGUCCAUUUCCAUUUCAUGAGUUGUUAUACUGUUGAUGUGCUUGUUGCCAUGGGCUUGGGAGGAAAAGCAGGAUACAAACAGAAUAAAGAAAUU